AUGAAAGAGCGCAGUAGGAAGUAUGCUAAGAGCAGGCGUUUAGCUAAUGAUGUAGAGGAUGAAGGAAAUGAUGAUGAAGAGGAUGACGAGGAAGAUGGAGAAGCUGAUGUCCGUAGAGUGGGGAAGAAGCAUCCGAAGCAUGUUGGCCAAAAUGUUAGGCGGUAUCCAGAAGAUGAACAACAUGGGUUGAGGAAGAAACAUUUGAAGGUGAUUAGGAAGAGGCGUCGUGGGGAUACUGAUGACGAGGAAGAACAGGGGAAGCCUGUGAAGAAGAAGUUGUUGCUAAAGAAAAAGGUUGGUAAGAUUGUUGAUAAAGAGCGUAGAAAAGGAAAGUCUCCUCUUAAAGAUAAGGGAAUGACUAAGAGAGGCAAGAAUAGGAGAGUGUUUCUGCGGGUUCCAAUCCCCCAACAUCCAAUAUCUAGGGGUGAAUAUGCCAAGUGUCAUGAUGUUGUAGUUGCUACCCAAAGGGCUAAUUGCGAUCGCAAGCAACCGAGUGUUAUAUGCCGCACUGAUGCUUUCUCAAAGAUCAUUGCUGGAUUUGAUGACUCUAGAAGAGCCUGUGUGCAAAAAAUGGGGUUUGGAGGAUUGUUGGAGUUGAAAAUAUCCAAGCUUCCGAGGCAGCUUUGUUAUUGGCUGAUGACCAGAUUGGACGGAGUCAACAGUUAUCUGGUAGGUGGUGACGGGCAUGUGUUGCCGAUCACACCUGGCCAUUGGGAAGAUGUGUUUGGUUUGAGGAACAGCGGGCUUCCCGUCCCUGAAAAGGAUUCUGAUUUGCCGGCUGGAAAAGCUCUAGUGUAUGCAGUGAAGUAUGGUGAGAAAAACCCUGCAAACAACAAGACCACAGUACUGAUAUCCAACGCAACUCGCGUGUUGUUAGGUCCCUUGGACAAGCUCGGCAACUUAGUGCCGCUCGCAAAUCAACGUCAAAGGACUGAGUUCAUGGAGAACUUCAUGAUUGUGCUAAUGGGACAGAUUCUUUGUCCUUCUACUGAUGGUGCAAACAUGUCGACGAAACUGCUAGGUGUUGUAUGUGUUGCAAAGGACGCAGAUCAGUAUAACUGGUGUGAGUUUUGUCACAAAUGGCUGCUAGACUACGCGAUCACAUGCCAGCGGAAGCUAGAAGUUCAGGGUUAUGCGGCUGGGACUGGUGGUUGUGUUUUGUUUUUGUUGGUUUUUUAUCUAGAUCGUUUAUGUCGGCUUCCUGUCCGUUGGGACGAGUUCCCCAGACUAAAAGUCUGGACUGAGGAGGAAGUGGAGAAGGUGAAACUUCAUGAUAGGAAGCCUACUGAAGACUAUGGGAGGUUAUCGACGGUUGAUGUUGUUUACCGGGAGCCCCAUCCUCUAUUUGGAGAAAGAAGGCCAUUGGCAGAAGAGGUUGCUGAUCUGGUUAUGGAAAGGAUGGCCCCCUUACUGCAAGACCUCCGUGCCGUGAUACGAGAACAAGUAAUCAUACGCAGGCUGGGGGCAAAGGAAAGUGUUGCUGAAAAAGAUCCCUCCCCUGGUGUUGCUGAAAAAGAUCCCUCCCCUGCUAGCAGUUCCCAUCGCCAAAUCAGCGAUAAUGCUUAUAUUAACGUGGAUGGUGAGCCAAUGGCGGUGGAUAAGUCGGUCAACAAGGUCCUGAGUGAGUUAGAUGUCAUUGUACUGGAGGAGGAUGAAACAGACAAUGUGCAACACACAGUGGAACAACCAUUGGGAGGUGAAGAAAAUGUGUUUGUGAAUUACCAGUCCUUGCCUGUGGAGCAGCCCGUGUUUGAGUUUCUGCAUGUUCCAGCAGUGGUGGCCGUGCAGAAUGAGCCUAUGGAGGAGGCAGAGCAAGUGCAGCAGGCCCCCCCACAACAAGUGGUUGAGCUAGUGCAGCACUUGGAGGCCAUGCAGAAUGAGCCUAUGGAGGCACUGCCGCAACACGAGCCACAACAAGAGCCACGUCAUGAGCCUGUCCAGCAAGGUCAUACCGAGGGAGACCAAGGCGGACCACAAGAAGAAGGGCCAGUGGUGCCUGUUGUGCAGCAAGAGGCAGACCCCCAGGGCCCAGUAGAAGAGCCACCACAACAUGAUUUUGUGGAGCCACAAAAUGAUGUUUUGGAGGACCCCGAAAACGAAGAUGAAGAAGAUGAAGAGGAAGGUGAUGAAGAAGGUGGCGAGGAAGGUGAUGAAGAAGAUGGCGAGGAAGAUGAUGAAGAAGAUGGCGAGGAAGGUGACGAAGAUGAAGAAGAUGUUGGUAAUACCGCGGAUCAAGAUAAACCUGGUGAUGAUGAUGAUGAGAACCAAGGAGCAAAUGGUGGUACAACGGGUCCGGUUGCGGGUGAAGCUGAAGGUGCAGAUAAUGCAGAGGGUCCGGGUGCCGAUGGGACCGAGAAUACAAGGGGUGGGGGUGAAGGUUUGGACCAUGGUGCUGUUCAUGGUUCCAAUCCUGAAGAUUUUGAUGGUGCUGAACCAGGUGGUGAUGGUCAGGUGAGAACAAGAAUAAAGGCAGCAAGGCCUAAACCUAGUCCCAAACCCCGCACUGCGACAAAGAGAUCCCGUAAGCCUAGUGAGAAGGCAAUAGCAAUGAGAACAGCUCGUCAACGACUAGGUAUUAGAAUGACGACGGCAGACAGUUCUAUUUUGAAGUACGUAGAGGCUUACGACACCAAAAAGAAAGCAGGAGGGGCUAUGUUGAUUGAAUGUGAUGGGAACGACGCAAACCAGCAGAUGUGUUACUCGGUUGUUCACCCCAGGUCCUAUGUGAAUUCCCAGUAUGUUCGUACAAUUGCAUAUCUCUACAACCGGGAGUGGGCUAGUGAAUUUCCAAAGAGUUGUCGCAGACUUAUGCUUGACUCUAUGUUUGCAGUGAGUACUAAAACUAGGUCUUUAAUAUACGUUAUGUUUGAUCCAGUUUAUUGA